CUGUUUCCAGUUUGCAGUCAGAAACAACAAUGUCCGACCAAAAGGAGGUGAAUUUAUCUGGAGUCCGACAGAAUAAAGGCGUGUGGCUCGUUAAGGUUCCCAGGUAUUUAUCUCAGCAAUGGGAGAAAGCCACAGAAAAGGGAGAAGUUGGAAAGAUAUCAAUAGAAAAAAAACAAGGAAAGACAGAGGUGUGUUUCACUCUAAAUGAGGAGCUGGCUGCCAUGACGGCUGUAGGAGAGAAGGAGGAGUCCCUGCAGGCCCCGAGGGAAUAUCCCUUCACGAUGCACACAGCGGGUGCACAGACCAUGGCUGUCUUCAGCCAGACCGACGCAGAUGAAGUCAGUCUGGAGGGGACGGUGUUGCACAGAGCCGAGUGCCGGCCCGUCGUCUCCGACAGCUACAUGAAGGUCAAGAGGCUGCAGGUCGAGUCCGUCAAGCCGCGGCGUUUGGUGCAGCAGCUGGACCGAGCCGUCGCCACCGUCUUCAAGCCUGUGGCCAACCACGACUUCAAUUUGGAGUACGAGAAGAAGAAGAAGUCUGAGGGUAAGAUGGUGAGGGCGGAUCGGCAGCAGGUGUUGGACCUGCUCUUCUCUGCUUUUGAGAAGCACCAAUAUUACAGCUUCAAGGACCUGGUGGACAUCACCAAGCAGCCCGUGACAUAUCUUAAAGAAAUCAUGAGGGAAAUCGGUGUAUGCAAUCGCAAGGGAGCGCACAAAUGCACCUGGGAGCUGAAGCCAGAGUACCGUCACUACCAACCGAGUGAGGAAGAGGAGCAGAAAAGCCCCUGACUCCAUCAGAGACAUCUCACCUCACAGAAAAUGCUAUAUGGGUGUAAAAGUUUAUUUAUUUGUUUACAAUUGGUGGAGAAUCAUGUAUAAUAUUCAGCAUGAUGAAUUUAAGUUGUGGGCUUGAGUCAAUUUUGCUUUCCAGUAAUGUUGCCAUGUUUUCUGUUCUCUGGAUUAAAGCUGUUGGAAAACA